AUGCACUGGCUCGCUCAUGGAUUUGAAAAUAAUCUCACAUUUACCCUUUUGAUGAUUUACUAUAUCAAGCAAGAGAGAGGUAAGUCCAAUAAAAUUAAUAUAGGAAAAAUAGAAAGAAUACUACAAGAAUAAAAGAUAACAAAUACAAAUUGA